AUGGAGAGUGCAGACCAAAAGUCGUUGCAUGCACAACAGCCUCCAUCUUAUCCACCAGCUGUGAUACAGGCAGGGUAUUUCGCUCCUCCAGCACCGGCUCCUUACCCGUACGCUGCAAACUUAUACCUGCCAGCGCCUUCAGGUUAUACUUCCAAAAUCUCAAAUGUUCAUGCACCAUUUACGUCUACCCCCUAUAGCCGGACAACUCUUCACGAGGAUGUGCCAACCAACUCGUUGAAUUCGUUACAACUGGCACUAGACGAAGUCAAACAUCUGUCCAGGAUGGCAGAUCCAUUGUCUGUCGUUGCUUCUGUCGUUGCUGUUGCUUCUGCGGCAGUACAAAUAUCCCAGACCUUGUACAAGGUAGCUGACGCUCUCGGUGGCACUAACUCAGAGGUCGAGUCCAUUGCGUCCGAGGUGGAGAUAUUCUCUGAUGUCCUCGAAGAUCUUCGUGAAAUCCUUGACGAAGCAGAAGAUAUCAUAACCCCCAAAGCUCUGAAACAUGCAAAUACACUCCUUUCGAAGUGUAAAGAUGUCUUCGAGACAAUCCAGCAAAUGCUAGCACCAUACAAAGAUGCAGACCGAAUCAGCUUCUGGCACAGUAUUCAAUGGGCCUUCAGACGAGAAAGGGUGAAGCCUAUGCGCUGUAGGCUUGAAGCAUUAAAAACUACUCUUUCGGUCUGGCUAGGAACAGUCAGACUGGCACGGUACAGAAGCAGCUCGUUAGCCAUUGAUUCUUCCUCCGAUAGGAAGGACAAAAAGUAUUUGUUGGAUGUAGAGAAGUCAAUUGUCCGAAAUAGUACUGCCAUGGUUCGCUGGCAGCGUGCAGAAGCAGAAGCUAGGCAACCGUACAACCCGUACGGCCAGGCUUAUUCGGCUAUCGCUUACACUCCCACCAAGCCUUCGAAGGAGAUACAAUGGAUGUCUCAUCUGGUACCAUAUACAAACGAUUCAAAAACUGAGCCGCGGAAUCAGGCCUUGCAACUAGAAGACGUCCAACUGAGCCCAAGCAUCCCCAGAAGCAUCUCAAACAUAGAGGUUCUGAAAACUGUGAAUGUGCUGCUUGCUAAAUGGACAAAUCUUGAUGUCUCGGCUGAAGAUUUGCCAGAAUCCAGAACAGCAACUGGCAAGACCGGGCGGUCCAAAAGGGAUGUCGAGAAGGCGACUGGCACUGGGCGCUUGGGCCGCGAUGCUGAAAGCUCUGGUGUCAAGAAGACAAAAGCAAACAAAGAGCAGCCCCGGGAAAUGCUACGUACGAAGAAAACGCAACCGCUUAGUGUGAAGGGAAUCGACAGUGGUGAUAGAGAGAGUAAAUCAGAAGAUGAUGCCUCAAUACAAACAGAUGGAGUGGCGGAAAGCAUCAGGAAGGAAAGGGUCGGUGACAACGCCACAGAUACUGAAGAUGUUCAGGCAUUUGAUCCGAUUAUAGCCGACGCUUCAGGCGAUGAAGCCAGCGAUGACAGUGCAUGGGAAGCCAUCAGUACCGGCCAUCUUUCUCGCCGGGAGACCAAAGCAAGGUUUGUGGAGAAUCGCCUCGAAAAGCGUGAAGAAGGUAUAGGAUUAGAGACACCUUCGGACUUCUCAAGUACUAAUAAUGCCCCGCCGACCGCCUCUUAUACAUAUCCCUCGGUUUCCCAGCCCUCCGCCCUCAACCCACAGGCCGGUCAUGCACAAACGAUUGCGAGUCACAGCCAGGUCUAUACAGCUGGUCCACAAAUCGAAUAUGCACAAAAGGUUGCGAGUGACAGCCAUCCCCCGGAUCAUACGGUACCGUAUGGUCUUGUGCCACAACCUCAAGACCCCAUUCCUACUUCACCAUGGGGAAAUUCAUAUCAGAUAACCAGUCCUUAUAGCAUGCUUGUGUCUGGGCCGCCUCCUCCAGAAGAGCCCCCACCCUCGAAGACACUCAACGGAAAGGAAGUACUGGCACGUGUGCAAGAAAUGCUGCUGAAGAACAAGGAGGAGAACAUUUCCAGGGAAAAGGCUGGAUUAGCACAGAUCGCUGCGGCCAAUGCAGCAAGAGAAAAGACGUAUCGAAAAGAGAUGGAGGCUGCGGUGCUGAGGGCGCAUAUGAAUGCUGAGAGAGUGAUAGCCGAAUCAGUUGCAAGAGUACAAAAGGAGGCAGAGAUCAAGGAAUCCGACAUGGAGAAUGCUGUUAUUCAUUUCAAAGAUGCAGUUGGGAGAAGGUUUAUCUUUCCUUUCAAGCUCUGUCGCACAUGGCGUGACAUGCAGACGCUUGUUCGUCAAACAUUUUUCCACGUUGAAACUCUCAAGCCUUAUGUAGUGGAUGGAAAAUAUGACUUACUGGACUCGGACGGCGCGAUCAUCUUACCGCAAGUAUGGGACAGCGUAAUUGAGCCAGGGCGGACAAUUGGAAUGCAUUUGUGGUCAUUACCAGGUCAAGACAAUACUCAGGAUGAGCCGGCUAGCACCGCUUCUGCUCCGUCAACAGCCCCUGGACCUGACCCUGGGGUCUUGAGCUACCUUGAUGGUACACCGAUUCCGUCACCAAAACCUCCAAACUUGAAUCCCCUUUCCGAAUCAGCAUUUCUCCCCCCACCAGAGGCGCCACAACCAUCACCCGCCAUAGCAGAGGAGGAUUCGGAGGCUCAGUCUACACCAACGAGAAAGAGAUCAAAAGAUCGCCCUAGGACACUUGGCACGUCUGGAGAAUCGAGCUCUGAUGAGGGUACUGAAUCUGAGUAUGCUGGCGACAGCGAGGUCGAUGGGGCUGAGAGUUCGGUGGUGCCAUGGCAGGAAGCCCUACAGAGAAGCUCGGAGAAGCAUGCUGAGGAAUUUCAACGCACGUGGGAUACUAUUACAGAGGCGGCCAAAGCGGAAGCUGUGCGCGAGAUCCUCAGGAAAUGGUUAAAAGAGAACUCGGGUUCAAAGGAUCAGGAGGAGGACCACCAGAUACAGACACAAGCCAAGGAUUUGAUAGAACAGCCAAAGAACAAUGCCAGGCCCGCUAUACAGCAGCUGCAGAUGCAGUUACCGACGUCCGUUUCAGGUAGUAUCUCAGCAAACCCGUAUGCGACAGAAGCUCCACGAUCGGUUCUUGCACUAGGUGGCCGCACCCAAAGCAAGCAUGAUGUGGCCAACGCUCUGGAAACAAGUCCUUUGAGUGCCGCGCCAAGUUGGCUCUGCAGCGAAUGUCACUCACCAUUGCCCCGUGGAAAGCAAACAGAAGCUCCUCUUCCGGAUAUUGGAUCUCCCCAGACUCCGCAAUCAAAGCCCAGAAAGCCCACUAACGCACAAAGUGUAAUACCCCAGCUUCCCAAUGACAUGUCUCCACCACUAAACAUCAACAAAAGCAUAGCUGAGCGUCUCGACCUUUUGGAGAAAAUCCUCCAACACCAAGGAAACGUGCGGGGACAGGCGAAAGAAGAAGAAGAAGAAGAAGAAGAACGCUUAGCCCAGCUAGAGAAAACAGUGCGGCAGCCAGGCAACGGUUAUGCACCUGCACCAGCAUUGAUGACACCUCCUAUUACCGAGCCGGAAUUGUCGCAAUCCUACACGCCUUCCAGUGCGAAAACUCCAUCUAAAACCGGCACAGUCAGUACGAAGGAGAGGAAGGGUCCGUCAUCGAGAUCUCUUCUUCGAGCACGGCUUUUUGGAAGGGCCAAAUCGGACUCGGGGGCCGUCCAUUAG